AUGGAAUGUGCACUCUUUGAUGCAAUGCCAGUCAUUCACAAAAUAGUCUGUGCCCACUUGCAGGACUCACCCACAUACCACGAUCUGUGCGCCAUUUCAAGAGGAAUGGAAUUUAACAAAGAAUGGUCUUUUUUAUACCAUGCCCUAUUAGAUGAAAUAUUAAAUAUUCUGCCGUAUGAGGCUCUUCUACAGAAAAAGGUCAUUUCCUAUGGGGAUGAUAAAAUGGUCAGAUGGAUAUGCACUCACAUCAGAACUAUUGUACACAGUGCAUCAUAUAUAGAUACAAUACAGUAUACAAUCAGUACACGGUAUAAUAAUUUAGUAGAGUCAUCUAUUCUUCUGAUUGAAAAGUAUAUUUCAUCGUACAUAUACGUAUACAAAAUAUUUGACAGGUUAAAGCAAGAAUAUAACAAAGAUGUUUUUUUUGACAGUGUUUUGUCUGAGUGUAUGUAUGCCAGAGAGGCAUAUUUCUGUACUGCGCCAGAGAUACUUGAAAAAAUAAACAAUCUGCACGCAAAACUGGGACAUCACAGAAUGAAGCAUACGCAUACAUGGACACUUUCUGAGUUAUACACAGAGAUGAAGGGACUGUAUUUAUUUGAAUAUGCAAGUGCAAUAAUCAGAGAUAGUCAGAAAAUAACUAACGUGCACACACCAAGUGCACAAAGAGUAAUACUGGCACUAAUUGCCUUACAGAGAUACUGGUCAACUCUUGUGAAAAAUGAAAUAUUUAUAGAGAGAGACCUCCCAUGUACACAAAUAUUCACAGAUCCAAAAUCAUUUAACAUGAACAUAAGAGAUACUCGGAUUGUUGCACAUGAGAUAGUUAUUGAUUAUGCCUGUGAAAGGGAUAAUUAUACAGCAUUUGUAAUAGAACAAGUCCCACAGUAUAAAGAAAGCACAUUUGAAUCAUCUUCUGAUAUUGCAUGGAGAAUCCAAAUGAGUGAUCCUCUCCUUAUACAGCGUAAAGUGUAUGCACUCAUGCACUACUGUGAUAGAACACCAAAUAUAAUAAUGCGUGCAUGGAAAGUGGUUCCUUCUUUUUUAGUUUGGCCCAUCAUUAUGUGCGUUCUUGUUAUUUCUGGGUAUCUUUUGGUACCUUUUUAUGUUUGGUCAAAUCUGAUUUACUUCUUAUUUAUUUUUUUACAGUGCUUUUCUAUAACACUUGCCAGAGUGGAUAUUGAACAGAUUUAG